CGGUUUGCUCCAGCUCUAGUUUUAAGUUCGCGGUAUGAGAGGUUCUAAUAAUGUUAUGACUUGUGCAUACAGUUUUUUAAUCUGAAAAAAAUUAUACAACUAUAUAUAUAUAUGUGUGUGUGCUUAGCAUUUGUGUUUAAGGUAUGAGUGUGGGACAUGCAUAUGGAGGUCUGGCCAAAAAAUUAGUUCCUCCUCAUCUUAUUCCAGACUUAGAAAUCCUGGAACAGAAUUUCAAUUUUGAUAAAACAUUCCUGGAAAUUAUUUUUAAAUGUUUUGACCAACAGAGUGACCCAUUUACUUAUGCUUUAGAUUUGAUGUUUUAUUCUAAAGAUUUCCCAAGAGGAAAAUCUUGGUCAUUAUCUCGAGCAGUUUUAGAAUCAUUAAAAAAAUGGUGUGAGCAGAAUGAUGUCUCAGUGUUUCUCACUAGAGAACAAAAAGCUGAUGCAUUAGAUCGAGUUUUACAACAAACUAAUGGUACUUUAGUAGGAUUAGUAUGUGAAAUUUUUAGGUUGAAAGAAGACUGUGAAUAUUUUAAACUAGUAAUUAAGGAUCUGUUGUCAAAAAAAUUGUACAGAGAGGCUUAUUAUACUAUUACUGCCCUUAAUUUAGAAAGGGAACUUGCUCUUGAAGAAUUUUGUUACCCUGUUUUCUUCCUUGAUAAAGAUACAUGGUUGAAAAACUAUCUGAUGAAUCAUCCAGAUUUGCAGUUGGAAUUUGCAAAAACAUUAGAUGCUGUUUGCCAAAGUAGUGCAGAAAUUCAAGAAUUCAUUAGCUCAUUUUCUAUAGAACUGAAUGUUAAAAGACAUGCAUAUGAUCCUAAUCGUCUUCAGAAACGACUUUCAAAUCUUAUCGAAACCUUUAAUAUUGAUUUAAAAGAGUGCCCAAAUUUAUUUCAAAUACGAACAGCUGGGGCUAUGAAUUACCUUUUCCGGAAGAGAUAUAUCGAAGAAUCAAUUGCAGCAGAACCUUGGGAAGAAUUAAUAGUGGGUAUUCUUGAAGACAAUACAGUACUUCAGAAAGAACUUUUGAUUAAAUUAGUAUGCAUUAGUGAUAAUGCCACUGCAUUAAAAUUAGCUAAGAUUUUUAAUUUAAAUAGAAAUGAUUGGCCAAGCAUCUUACAGAAUGUUACAGUAUCUGACUCUGAGGAGAUUGAAUCAAAUGUUUCUAUGAACCAUGAGUCUCCAUCCAUUUCUGCUUCACCAUAUCUUACAUUGAGACUCACCAAUUCAGAUAUUCAUAUAGUUGAUACUCCGGACAAAUUUUUAGACGCAGUUGCUGAUAUAUCAGAAAAUUAUAAUGUUGUAGGAAUAGAUGCUGAAUGGAAGCCAAACUUGGGUGUUUUAAAAGAAAAGCUAUCGUUGUUUCAGCUUGCUGUGUGGGAUUCAAUCUAUCUAUUAGAUAUUCUUGCUUUGCAAGACUCUUUAAAACCAAAAUGCUGGGAUUAUAUGAUAGAAAAGAUUUUUUGCAAUGCUGACAUUCUGAAGUUAGGUUAUGGUAUUAAAACUGAUUUACAAAUGCUGAUAAAGCUAUUUUCUGGUGAAAAGUCUCAGUUGCACAAAUAUCCACGUUUAGUAGACAUUGGAAAUUUUUUCAAAGAGCUCAAAAUACAUUUCCCUGCAGUUGCUGCAGAAAUAAAAAAGUCAGUCCCUGAACAGUUAAUAGAUCCUCCAGAUUCUAAAGGCUUAAGCCAGCUUUGUUAUACUAUAUUAGGCAAGCCUUUAAAUAAAGAUGAGCAGUUUUCAAACUGGGAGCGCCGUCCUUUGAGAGAAAGUCAGAUGACAUAUGCAGCUUUAGAUGCAUAUUGCUUGCUAAUGAUUUAUGAAAAACUGUACCAUGUGCUCAGAGAUAUGAAUAUGGAUUUUGAUAAAUUAAUGGAGUCACCUCUACCUUCUAAGUCUGUGUCUGAAAACAAAAAGAAAACAAAGAAGCUGUUGAAAAAGGAAAUCAAGCAUAAACCUAUAUCUGUGUCAAACUUUAGAGUAGUUGUUGACAAUAUGGCUCAUGGUCUAGCCAAGUAUCUUCGAAUAUGCGGUGCAGAUGUAGUCAUUCUUGAUAAUGAUGACGAUCAUAUGCGUGCUGUUGAGAUUUCCCAAAAAGAAAACCGCAUCAUUCUGAGUUCUGGAGGACCUUAUGAAAAGCUCAAGGGUUAUGUACCUCAAGAAAUGUGCUUUUGUUUACCAAUUGAAGCAAAUGCUAGAGUGCAAGCUGCUGCUGUUCUGAAACAUUUUAAUGUUCUGUGCAAGGAAUCGGAUAUCUUUUCACGAUGCUCGGUUUGCAAUGGAAAUCAUUAUCUCAGAGUUAGGAGUGAUGAACUGUUCUCACUUUGGUGCAAGCUUGUUGGUUCUGAAAAUGAGUUUGACACCCCUCAAAGAAAACAAAAUGCAGAUUUGGUAUCUCAUAUUACUGAGGAUGGACUCAUGCAAACUGGUGUACCCAUCCAGCUUUCUGCCCUUUCAUCUCAAGUAUUUAAACGUGUAGAAUACUUUUUUAUUUGCACAAAGUGUGGUAAAGUGUAUUGGGAAGGCUGCCAUUUUUCACGUGUAAAGAAGUACAUUUCUGAGUUUAUAGGAAUAGAAGAUAGUACAGAAAAUAUUUAUCAAGCAUUUUCGGAAGAUUCAAGACCUGGCAUUGAUUUAUCAGAAAUUGUUGAAAAUGGCCCAUCUGAUCAAAUUGAUGUGGCCAGUUACAGUGAAGAAUCUCCAUCACCUGUUACUUCAUCAUCAGUCACUUACUGUGCUGAAGAUAUUAGGCACUUUGAUGAAGAUUCAUCAGAUGAGGAUUGUGAUAUUAUGUAUUAUGAUUAGAAAUAGUAGAGGAAAGAAUGAGCUCUCUUUUAAAAAAAGAUUGUGAUAAUUAUGUAAAGUGAAUAAAGAAUAAAAUAUUUUUUAUUUUUU